AUGUCAACAAAAGCUAUUGAGCGACUGGUCCCUACCAUCUCGCUGCGAGAUUUCAAUCAGCGCAAGGAAGAGAUCACAAAGCAGCUUGUUGAUGCGGCAGAGAAUUCCGGUUUCUUGAUGCUUGUAGACCACGGGAUCUCGAUCGAUGAGAUAAAUCAACAGUUUGCUAUAUCCAAGGCUUUUUUUCAGCUGCCGCAUGAAAUAAAGGGCAAAACUGCUUACGAUAUUAACCAAGGCUUGGGCUGGGAAUACAAGGCCCAAACCAGACGUCUCACUGGGACCGAUCAAAAAGAGUCACUGUGGCUAAAAUAUGGCUCACAGUGGCCGAGUGAUGAAGAUGUCCCUGGCUUUGAAGCAUCGACAAGGAAUUUCAUGGCCAAAUGCCGAGGCAUUUCUAUGCAAGUUUUGGAAUGUUUUGCCGGAGCCCUGAAUUUCGACAAAAACUACUUUCAGAUACCAAUGGACGCUACCAAGCCGGAUUCUCUGAGUCGACUCCGCAUGCUUCAUUACCCUCCUUCAGAAAACAAACCUGGGAGCUGGGGUGCAGGUGCCCAUACGGAUGUGGGAGCUCUGACUCUUCUCUUCCAAAGGGAUGGGGAAGAAGGCCUCGAAAUCUGUCCUGGCAGGGAGAAUGUGACUAGCAAAGCGAUAGGAGACAACUUCUUUUCUCUUCCCGCCAAGACUGGUCCUAUUGUUGUCAACCUUGGUGAUAUGCUAAUGUCCUGGUCAGAUGAUCGGUUCAAAGCGACAUACCACCGAGUCCGUGCUAUGGAGGGUGAUGCUCCAAGUCGCUACUCUAUUGCCUAUUUCAACCAAGGGCUAAAAGACUUCAUCUUCCAGGGGCCGCAGAAGAAGUAG